AAUUUUUUUAUUAAUGGAUAAUAAACCGGUCAAGCCAAAUCUCGGCUUCAACUCGGUUGGUCUGCACCCGCACGCAGGGCUACUUUACAUAUAUACUGCACAGCACAGAGCUAUUAUUACUCUUAACUGUCUCUUUUGCUUUCAUAUUCUCAUGGCUUCCUCAACUCACAAUCAACGCCACCACCAUCUGCCACCAAACGUUUACUCCUCCACCACCUCAGCUCCACCGCCAACACCAUCAUCUCAACUAAAUACCCACCACCACCUAACCUCCUCUUCCGCCACUAUAGACGCCCUCACUCAUCUCCUCCACCGUCUACCUCCCAACCUCUCUCUUCCUACUCGCCGCGGCUCAUCCUCCCUUUCCACCACUUCUCCUCCUCUAAUCUCUCUAUCUGAUCAGACCUCCGCUGAUCAUCUCCUCUCUGCUUGUUCUCAACACGGUUUCUUUCAACUCCACAAACAUAACAUACCUUCUCAUCUCGCCAACUCAGCUGAGGUAGAGUCACUCUCUCUUUUCAAACUCGCUAAAGAUAAAAAAGAAUCUUAUUUUCCUAAAAACUGGCCGUUGGGUUUCAACGACGACGAUGAGGAGGGAAACGGUGAGUCGUUUUGGCUGGAUGGUGAUUGUUCUGCCUCUACCGAGUUGCCAACCGAGUUGAGCUUAUCUUCUCUACGUGAAUUAACUCGGGGUUUAGAGAAACUGGGGUUAGAGGCAAUGGAAAUGCUUUCUAAAGCAGUUGGGUUUGAGAACCCGUUUAAAGCAUAUCCGACCCGUCUCUCUUCAAUGAUGUCAGUGCAUGAAGGCUCAUACGGGGAUAAACCCGAUCAUAUCUCGGGUGGGUUUUAUCCAUACGUUGUUGGGUUACAGUAUGAAAUUCGGAGCAGAAAGUAUUGGUUGUUGGCGGAUUCGGGUUGGGUUGCUGUUGUGCCUCAAGUGGACUCGGUUUUGGUUACUGUUGGGGAUAUUGCUCAAGUUUGGAGCAAUGGGAAAUUGAAGAGAGUAAGAGGAAGACCACUGCCAUGUAUGGGAGAUGGGAAAGAUUCAAGCUGCAUAACAAUGACAUUACUUUUAACUCUUCCUACAGAAACUACCAUAUCUCCCCUGCUUCCUGAACUAGAUACCCACAACAGUGCUGAUGAUGAAGUUAGAGAAGAAGAAGAAGAAGAAGAAGAAGAAGACGAAAAAGAUGGAAAGAAUGUUGUAAAGAAGGAAAAGAGAAUGUUCAAUUCAUUUUCAUUUGAGGACUAUGCUUGGAGAGUUUACCAUGAACCUUUCAUCUUCAAGGACCCACUUGAUAAAUACCGCAUAUGUAGGUAGAUUUUUACAUCUGAUCCAUUUCUCAAUUUUUUUGUUCUUUUAUUUAUGACUUUAUUACUGUUGUAUUCCAUUUUAGUUUGUUUUGGUUGUUUGUUUCUUUCUUUCCCUUUGUCCAUUUUGUUCAAACUGUUGAAGGGAUAUAUUUUAAUCUAUGGUUUGUAUUUUAAGUGAGAUAACAGAUGCCCAAUCCUUUUGAGCCUGAAAUUGGGUAUAAUACUAUAGCCCAUUUCUUAAGAAUUUUUUAUUUUAUUUUUUUUGUUAACAUGAGAAAAUUAUAUACGAGUCAUUUUGAUUGAUUUA